AUGGGAGUGAUUUCACACCAACUGCCUGCAUGUCCAAGAGGCGAUGAAGUUGUCAAAAAGAUUUCCGCUUUGUCGGUUAUCUCACUUGAAAAUUCAGUUGGUGCCAACCCACCAACAAUUAUGUCACCAACACUGGGGAUAUGUGCUGCUCCAGUGGCACACCUAGACGUUGGCAUUGGGGGCAGUUUCCUCCAUCUAAAUUUUGAAAUUGUGAAAAAAACGAGUGUUACUUAUUAUUUCGUCUCCUGUGACCUACAAGUUGAAGCUUGA